GUGUGCCACAUGCAUGCAGGAACCCUCGUUGGUCAGAGCCCAGGAACAAGAACUGCAGCUGUGAUUGAGCCUGCAGGCCUCAGUGACAGGGCAGUGACGGAACAGGCUGUUGCAAAGGCUGACAAGAGGUCAGGGUUAGGAAGGAACAACCGAGUCCUUGAUAGGGAUUGGGAGCUUCAGUCCCUCAGCACAUCUGAAGCAGGGGUGUCAGCAUCAUUAUCCACUCUGCCUUUUCCUCCUUCCUCCAGGGAUGAAUCUGGUCCUCCAGCAGUUGUAUUUGUUUCUACAAUGCUGAGGAUAAAUCCAGGAACACAUGCUAAGCAAGUACUCCUCCACUGAGCUCCCUUGGGCUAUGGCAAAGAGAUGCUGAAUACUGGUAUACCCAGAGGGACAGGCCUCCAGCCUACUCCCUAGUAGUCAUGGUUAGGCCAAACCUACUCACACCACAGACACAUGGUGCCCAAAUGCAGAACUGUCAAGUGAUCAUUUGACACAUUGGGAAACCAGAGAGUCAGAGACCCUUCACUCCGGAGUGCCUGGGAUGUGGGCAAGGGGGCUUGAGCCACUGCAAUGUCUCCACCACGGAAGGGCUGCACCUUUUAGUAGGGUAGUCCUCAGACAGGUGCAUCAGUAGGAAGGCAGCUGUGAACCUGGACUUGGGACAGGGAUUGGAAUCUCAAGUUUGUAGCAAGGCAGGAAGCAUCAGUGCCUCCUAUCCCUAGCCUCUUAAGUCUUGGGCACUAGGCUCCAAAGUGACUCACCCCUUGAACUGAUUUCUUAGGUGAUGGCUUUGACAUGUCACCCAGGUCCCUGUCCCCCAUUUCCUCAGCUGUGAGAAUAAUAUCAGACACCCUUAAGAAUUAAUGCUAACCAUUACACUGGCUGCAGCAGCCCUGGACCAGCUCCAGCCCACCUCUGUUCCUAGUGGCCCUAUCUGGGCUCCACCCACUCUGGCCCUCUAGGGCCCCGCCUCAGUGUGUCCACAGGAUACUUAUCCACACCUCUAGUUCACCGGCCAAUGAAUGAUCAGCCCUCCAAGUAUCCUGGUCACACUUUCCUUGUCCAGUCUGCAGUUCUCCAGAGUCACAGCCACAGCUGCAUCAUGUGGGCCCUGGGCUUCCUGCUCCGAUUCCUCGCCAUGCAACCUGUGGCAAAGGUGGACUCCAAGGGUGCCUGGUGCUACGACUCCCAAGAUCCAACGUGCGGCCCUACACACUGGAAGGAGCUAGCACCUGCUUGUGGGGGCCCAGCCCAGUCCCCUGUCAACAUUGACCUUCGAUUGGUCCAACGAGACUACACUCUUGAGCCCUUCAUCUUUCAAGGCUAUGAUUCAGCACCUCUGGACCCUUGGACCCUGGAAAAUGAUGGCCAUACAGUGCUACUUCGAGUAAAUUCCUGUCGGCAGAGCUGCCCAGUGAUCCGAGGGGCUGGGCUGCCAUCACCAGGGUACCGGCUGCUGCAGCUGCAUUUCCACUGGGGCAGCCCAGGGCACAAAGGCUCAGAGCACAGCCUGGAUGAGAAGCGUGGCUCUAUGGAGAUGCACAUGCUCCACGUGAACACAAAGUACCAGAGCAUGAGGGAGGCACAAAGCCAUCCGGAUGGUUUCGCUGUGCUAGCCGUGCUGUUGGUGGAGGAGGACAGGGACAAUACCAAUUUCUCUGCCAUUGUGUCUGGCCUAAAAAAUUUAACUUUGCCUGGGGUCUCUGUGAACCUGACGUCCACCUUCCCACUGGCCUCGCUGCUGCCAAGUUCUGUGGGGCUCUUGAGAUACUACCGAUACUCUGGGUCUCUGACCACACCGGGCUGUGAGCCAGCUGUUCUCUGGACAGUCUUUGAAAACACCAUACCCAUUGGGCGCGCGCAGGUAGCCCAGUUCCAGACCAUUCCCCAGACUGGGUCACCGAGUUUGCACCCCAGACCGAUCAUAGAUAAUUUCCGUCCCCAGCAACCUCUUGGAGGGCGCAGGAUAUCAGCCUCUCCUGGAGCAUCCAUCCGGUCAUCAGUCUCUACCCUACCCUGUUUGCACGUGGCUCUUUGGGGCUUGGGAGUCGGCCUGAGACUCUGGCAGGGCCCCUAGGAUUCAGGGGUGACUCCUGCUUUCACAAUAAAAGAUGCAGAGUGACCUUGGCCUAGUGUGGCUGGGAAGAGGUGUGUGGUCAAGGGGACGAUGGGGAGAGAAUUCUGCUCCAACCUCGCGGCAUCCUUCCUGUCCACACCACCAACAGGCUCCUGAGUGACUGCCCUCUUGCCCACCUCAAUCAUACAAACUUCUUCCAAAACCGAGACCCAUUCAGAUACCCAACUCUAGCACCCACCCGUAACAACAUGUUGUUAUGAAUCUCCAGGUCAAAGGAAAGGGGUUUGAAAAUCAGUACAUCUCAGAAAUGCCACCUAUACCAGAAAUUACAGUUUAUUUUAAGAACAAGCUGGGUGAGCAUCAAAGGGGGUUACCGUGCCACAUGAAAAUGAUGACCCUGGUUGCAACCCCAAGCCAGUCCUUAAGAAAAAGCAGGUUCCAGCAGAAGGCACUGAGUUGACUGGUUUUGGUGACAGACAGCAAGCGCUGGUGACACUCUAGGGAAUCAUUACGCUGUGGAAUAUUUUCUAUAGAGAAGCUGGUGUUGAGCAACUGUUGGGAGGGUUAAGUGAAGGGCUGUGUCCUUCUCACUGUUCGAGGCCGAGUCCAAGGGAUACUGACAACAUGACACUAUGGUAGGAAAGUGGGCCCCGGGAGGGUGGGUCCCAUUAUCAAUGGAGUGGUGGUGGAGCAAACUGAUGCUCAGCUCAUGCCAUGUAGAGGUUACAAUGAAGGGGCACUGUCUCCGCUACCUAUGUCCCUAAAGUCUGUUACACAGUACAUAAUUGACACUAUUCUGGUGCAUGGAGGUCCUGCCUACCCCCUAGGGCUUUAAAGAAAAAGAAAGUGCAACCAUUUGCCUCCAGGCUGCAGAUCCCUUGGUU